UCUACAGUUGCAUACACUCUAUAGAACACAUUGUGCUGACAAGACAAAGUUUUGUGAGUCAAACACAAAGCCCUGAUCCAUGCUGGCUCUAUAAAGAGGUCCUGGACUCAUAAAUGGUUUGGUCUGCUCAGAGAACAGUCAUAAUGGGCAAGAUUACUUUCUUUGAAGACAAAAACUUCCAGGGCCGUCAAUAUGAGUGCUCUGGAGACUGUGCUGACAUGCAGUCCCACUUUUCUCGUUGCAACUCCAUCCGUGUAGAGAGUGGAUGCUGGGUGGCCUACGAGAAGCCCAACUAUGCAGGAUACCAGUACAUGCUGUUCAAGGGUGAAUACCCUGAUUUCCAGCACUGGGCUGGCUUCAAUGACUGCAUUCGUUCCUGCCGCAUGGUUCCUGCUUACACUGGAAACUACAGGAUGAAGAUCUUUGAGCGCUCCGAUUUUGGUGGUCAGGCAAUGGAGCUGAAUGAAGACUGCCCUGAUCUGCGCCAGCGAUUCCACAAUGGAGAUGUCUCUUCAGCCAACGUCAUGGAAGGCUACUGGAUCCUCCACGAACACCCCAAUUACACUGGCCGUCAGUUCUUCCUGCGCCCUGGUGAAUACAGGAGGCACAUUGAGUGGGGCAGUCCAAGUCCAACCAUGGGCUCCCUGCGACGUGUGACUGACCUCAACUGAAGAUCCAAAUAAUGCAACCACUUAAUGGAACCCUCUCCUAAUGUGUCAACAGCACUGACUGUCCAUGCAAUGACAACAACUGACCUUCAGUCACCUUAGGAUGACAGGGUCUGUGGAUCCGUUGUGUUGAAUGUAUUUGUGAUGCUUGCUAUGAUCAGGCACUGUAUCCAAGUGCCUGUUUAACCUCGCUUAAGCAGUGAUAUCUGUCUCUUUUAGCACUGUUGACCGAGCAAACUGUGUAUUUUAUCAGUCCCCUUCCCUUCCCAAAUGGAAAUAAAGGAAAACUUGAUUAAAAUCAUACAAA